UAAAUUUCCCUGACGUCACGCUGUAAACAAAACACCAGAGGGCAUGGCUGAUUACAGUUUGAAUAAAGUUUCAGGUGGAAGCAUGACUGUUAGAUUCCAAUAAUGGCAUCAACACUCGUGCUUACAGAGUCUAAUCAUGAAAGGCUUAGCAGGUCUUCCUCCAGGGGCUCUCCUGCAAGACAGCCCCAAAUCAUCACCUAUAAUGACUGUGCCAAAGGUUUAGGUAUUAAAAUAAUAGGUGGAUGCAACUCUGAGGAAAAUAGGGGCCAUGGUAUAUUUGUUAGAAGGAUCUUGAUUGGUGGAUUGGCAGCUAGAGAUGGCCGCCUUUGUGAAGGUGAUGAGAUUUUAGAAGUCAAUGGGCAAUCAUUUGGGAGACGAACUACAAACGAAAGGGCUGUCUCUGUACUCAGAAGUGCCUCGGCUACAAGCACAGUACAACUUGUUAUCACAAGAGAUGAAAUAGCAAGGUCAGAGUACCUCGAUCUUCUUGAGAAUCAGAGUAGCUAUUCUUACUCUACAGCUACCCACAGUGCUUCCUCAUCCAGAGCCAAUACACCUCUGAUGACUGCAGAAUUCAGUGAAAAGAGGUCAUGGGUACUUAAGGAUGGCCAGAUGACCCCUGUGAGUCAGAGUUCAAGGUCAAGGUCGACUAGUCCAGAGGAGCAUGGGAGGAGUAGAGGGUAUAAUGUUGGAGAUGGUGAGGAGCAGGAAUUGGAGGAGGAGUGCCCUGCAUCCUGAACGAAUACCAGCUCAAACCAUGUAUGGGUCCGUCCAGUCUCCACUUGACCCGUCCCCUGUGUUGGCGGGAAACCCAGGUCGAGGUGCCCCUGCCCAGUUCCCAUUUCAGCCGACGAACUCUUCCUCUGCCAAAUUAUCCCUUGAUCCACAAGUCCGUCUUAAAGUGGAAAAGUUAGAAGUGGCAUUGAAGUAUUUGGGUUUAGAGCCAACUCCAGAGCAGCAGUAUGAGUUAAGGAGGCACCUGCACCUGGAUUCCUCAGGCUGUGUCAACUAUGGAGAGUUUGUACAAGUUGCCAGGGAGAUGUUUAAGUUUCAAUUGAAAGAUUGUGAUAUGAAGACGUCAACAGCAUGUCACAAUGACUUCAGAGAUUUCACACAGCCACCAGCCUUCAAACCAGAGAUAAAUUAUUCCCCAUCUGUAGGCACAGAGGAGCUUCACCAUGUUGUUGAGGAAAGAGAUCAGCUGAGGAGAGAAGUUGAAAAACUUAAGGUUUUGUUGCGUGAAAAAGAGAGAACAUGUCAAUCAGCAGAACAGGAAUUGCUAAGGCUUCGAAGGGAAGCUCAGGGUGCUAUACACGAGAGCCGGAACUUACGCAGUAAAGUCCAUCUGGCAGAGCAGGCCCAAAAGGCAGCCCGCAACAUGGAGCAGGAUUACGAAGAAGUUGUGCAAUUACUGGAAACUGAAAUCUCUGACAUGAAGACUCAGCAGUCCAAACAGCUGGAGAGUCCUAUUGUCCAAAAGAGGCUAGCUGUGUUGAGUUGUCAACUGCGGAAGGCUGAAGUUGCAAAGAAAACUUAUGAAGUUGCCACAGAAAAACUGUUGCACUUUGCAGAAACUGUGCAUGAGACAUUGACAAGUGGAGAUGGCAUACAUAUAAGAUCUGAGUCCAGCAAGGGGGAGCAGGCUAGAGGAAGUAAGCCCCCUGGAUUUUUGGCAAGGCACAAGAAGCACACCCCUCAAACAUUGGGAAAAGAAGCCAAGGAAGUUGUCAGAGCUGUUAAAGCCAUUGUUGAAGUAGAACCAUUGCCAUUUGGUUGGGAAGAGGCUUUCACAGCUGACGGCACCAAGUAUUACAUCAAUCACGUAACCCAGACCACAUCCUGGACCCACCCAGUCUCCAAUGUGCAGCACCUCCCAAAGGAUGAAGCUGGCACCGCAAGUCAUAUAAAAGAGACAAGGACUUAGGCUCUAUUCCCAUAGAUUUUAGAUCGAUCUAUCCCCGCGGGGAGUCUCACUAGAUUACUUUCAGAUAA